AUAUGUUUUCUAGAUGUAAUAACCUUUUUAAUCCAGGGACGCUUUGAUCUUUUUAUCACAAGGACAAUUCUGUCCAUUUUAUUCUUUUGAAACGACAAAUAGAUUUAAAAUUUAAUUCCGUACUUGAAGUUCGCCUUAGUUUGAUAUGUAUAUUUAAUAUAAUCUAAUUGAUUUUCCGAAAGUGUGAUUUUAAAACUGAUAAUGACACAGUCCACCAAUAAACUUCAAUAUAAGAUAGCCUUAGACAACUUUGGCUGAUAACACAGAUAACGAAGAGGAAGGGUGCAUUGUUUUAUCUCAUUGCAGUGCAAACUACGAUAAUGUCAAAUACCUCCCGAAUGAUUAACUCCUUUUAAUUACAAGGAUGUGGCUAUUACUACUGUACACUGUGUUUGUAUCGAUUCUUCCACUGUAUAGUAUACCAACAACCCCUCCUAAGCUUACAAACUGUGAGAAGAUGGCAGACGGAACCCCAGGAAUUAUAUCGAAGGUAACCAUCUAUAAUAUAAAACUAUCGACCUAUAAUACAGCUGUCGGUACCGUCGCCAAAGUCAGUUGUCUGGAUGACGCAUUGGUAGUGAGUGGAGCUGAUACUCUAACAUGUCUUCCAAAUGGUCGAUGGAGUAGUGCCAAACCCACAUGUAAAGAACCAGAGAUAGUAAAGCCGAAAGACUACAAGCUGAUCAUUGGACUCUCGGUGGGAGGGGCGUGUCUUGUUCUUGUCGUCAUAAUUACUGGUAUCAUAGUCAGGAACAGACAACAAACCAAACAAUUACCUUCAGAGCAAACAGACAAAAGACUGAAUGCAGGCAACAGACAGAAAACAUACUCAGCAGAAAUGCAAACAAGAUACACGGAACAAGAAACGAAUCUCGAAAAUCAACCACAUGUUUAUAAAGUAUGGUCACAAGAUAGAUCGUUGAGAAAGUUUAUAACUGCAUUCGAUUUGAUCGACUUAAAACAAAAAGCUAGUAAAGUGUUUGAUGUAACACAUGCCUAUAUAGUCCUAGAGGAUGACGGUACAGAGAUAGAUGAUACUACAGCAUUAGAAGCCUGUAAAGAUAAAACACUACAGGUCCUGUCAAAACAUCAGUCAUGGACUAGAAACUCCUACUCCUCAAACGGAAGCGAGGUUAUGCUGGAUUUAAGAGGUGGUGACAAUUCAAGUACUUGUGGAACAAUUAAAAGCUUCCGUUUAUAAAUUUUCAUCCAGGCGCAGAUCCAGAGGGGGGUUCCGGGAGUUGGAACCCCCUUUUUUUGGACGAUCAAUGCAUUUGAAUGGGGACAUGUAAUCGGAACCCCCCUUUUUAUGGGUUAGGAACCCUCCCUUUUUAAAAUGGCUGGAUACGCCCCUGUCAUCGAUCAUCAAUCUGAGGUUAUAGUGACAAAAAUUUUUAACACUGUAGCAAAAACCGAUACAUCUACAUGAUGACCAUUUCUUUCUUGAAUACACGUAUGCAACCAUUUUAAUGAAUAGCAAGGUGUAAUAAUAUAACAGACCAGCGAUUUCUGUGCUUCUGUCUAAAAGACAAGCCUAUUUUCAUGAGUUUAUUGACUGAUAAUUAUGGUGUUGGUUUUGUAAUCAAACAAGAGUAACUGUGGUAUUUAGAUAACAUAUUCCAUAUAUUCUUUAUAAAAUAGUUUGUUCAAACAAAUUAGUUAUUUAGGUUUUGAUAUUAAAAGUCAGUCAUAUGAUACAGUAAAAGUAAAAACACAAAAAUACUUAACUCCGAGGAAAAUUCAAAAAGGAAAAUCAAAAAUCAAAAGGCAAAAUCAAAAGUCAAAUCACAUCAAACAAAUGGAUAACAACUGUCACAUUCCUGACUUGCCCGUAAAAUGCCCGUCAAUAGCACAUACAUGUACAUAUGUUUCUCUUCAAUUUUGGACAAUAGUCCCAUAACAUUGUCAUUAAAGCUCUGUCCCAUAACUAUUGCCCACUAUCAAUAUUUUGAGAUGUAUGAAGUCAAUGGUUGGUAAUGCCUGAUGGCUCUAUUUUGUCUUUAGGUAUAUGCAUAUUGCAAGAACCUAACAAUAUACAGGGACUGACCGACAUCGUCAAAAUAAGUUAUAUGUUGUCUUUUUGUUUUUAGACAUAUGUUAAUUAAUCAAUUGACGUUUCAAAAUUGUUAUAUAUCAGCUGGUCUGAAUAUA